AUAAACUAUAUAUAUUAAACAUUAAUAUAAACGAAUCGUUACCAGCAAAUGAAAAUCGAUAUCUUAAUAUGAAUCGAUAUAAUAUAUUCGAUAUUUUGAUGUAAAGUAGUUUAACUUAAUUAUAAAUUAAUAAAAUGUGAUUGAUAUACUUCUCUAUAAAAGAAUGUUCAAGAUUGAUGCUGUAUUGAAAUUUAAAAAUUUUAAAAUAUUUCAUUUUCUUGAAAUAUUUUGUUAAACAUGUAGAGUUUUGUGCAAAUGGAAUUCAUUUCAUUAUUUGAUAUUUAAGCUACACAUUCUUAUAAAACAAUGGUUAUAAAUUGAAGAAAGAUUAUUUUACAUGGAUAAAAUAUAUUUGACUUAUUUUAUAUAUAUAUAUGUAUAAUAAUAAUAUAUAUUUUAAAUCUUAAUUUAUUGGAGAAAAAUUUAAAGUAAAUUUAAAAAUUAAUGAAAUGAUUAAUUAUUAAAUUUUAAUAGAAUAAUACAAUACAAUCAAUAUAAUAUUAAAUAAAAAUAUUAUUAUAUAAUAUAAUAGAAUGAAUGAACGAAAAAAGAUUUUUUGGUUUGCAAUUAUUAGUAGAAUAAUAGUUUUAAAUUUACAAUUUAUUUUUAAUUUUUUAUUUCCUGAUCAUAAUGCAGAUGCAUUUAAAAGUCCUAUUGAUAAUUCUGAACAAAUUUCAUCAUAUGAUAAUAUAAUUAUAUUUUUAUUUAAUGGUCUUACACGAUGGGAUGGUCAAUAUUUUUUACAUAUUGCAAAAUAUGGUUAUACAUAUGAAAACACUUUGGCUUUUUAUCCAUUAUAUCCUAUGUUAAUUCGAAUUAUUUCUAUUUUCAUAAAAAAAAUAUUUUUUAAAUUAAAUGUUCAUAGUUCUGUCCUUAUUGCAGCUGUAUUAAUUAAUAUUAUAUGUUUUGUAAAGUCUGCUGUUAUAUUUUAUGAUCUUAGUAAGAUAAUAUUAAAAACAACAAAUGUAGCUUAUAUAGCAGCAAUAUUAUAUUGUAUAAAUCCAGCUACUAUAUUCUUUUCAGCUGUUUAUUCAGAAUCUUUAUUUGCAUAUUUAACAUUUUCUAGUAUGUUAAGAUCUAUUAAAUUAGAUCCAUAUGUAUUAAUUCCAAUAGGUUUAUCCAUUCUUACAAGAUCAAAUGGUAUAGUUAAUGUUGGUUUUCCUAUAUAUUAUCAAUUGAAAAAAUUAUUUUAUAAUUAUAUGAUAAAAGAUAGAAAUGUUUCAUUUAAAAUAUUUUAUCAAUUUAUUCUUAAAAUAAUUAUUUUAAAGAAUUUUUGUUUAAUAUUUAAUACAAUUAUUAUAUCAAUAAUUCCAUUUCUUUUGUUACAAAUAUAUAAUUAUGUUAUGUUUUGUAUUCCUAAUCAAACAUUUAUUCCUGAUCAUAUUGUUAAUUUCAGUAUAAUAAAUAAUUUAGUAUUGCCUGGUAAUAAUAAUGAAUGGUGUUACUUUAAAGUUCCAUUUGCAUAUUCUUAUGUACAAAAAAAAUACUGGAAUAUAGGAUUUUUGAAUUAUUACGAAAUAAAACAAGUACCAAAUUUUAUUCUAGCAUUUCCAAUAUUAUAUAUCAUGAUUAAAUGUAUAAAAGAAUUUUUUUUUGAACACAAAAAGUAUUUUUAUACAUUAGGAUUUAUUAAAAAUAUUGAAAAUAAUAUAAAAACUGAAAAAAAACAAUAUCCAAUUAAAAUGUUAGUAUUUAUUAUUCAUGGUUUAUUUCUAACAAUUUUUUGUAUUCUAUUUGUACAUAUUCAAGUAAGUACUCGUUUAAUAAGUUCAGCAAGUCCAUUAAUAUAUUGGUAUUGUGCUUUAUCAAUAUAUAAUACAUUUGAUGAUAAUAAUGAUAAUAAUAUAUAUAAUAAUAAAGAAAAUACAUUUUCUAAGUGGAAUAUAUUUGUCUUAUUAAAAAAGAAAUAUACUUUAAGAGAAAAACUUAUAUUUUCUUAUUUCUUAGGAUAUACAAUCUUAGGAUGUUUCAUGUUUUCAAAUUUUUUGCCAUGGACAUAAUUUAUAUGUAUGCAUAUAUUAUAAAGAUUUUAUAGUUAAUAUACAAUUUUAUCAAUUUUUUUAAAUAUAAGUAUUUUAUAAUAUACGAUUGUAUAUAUAAAAAAUGUAACAUUAUUGUACAAAAAACAUUGUUCCAAUUAUAAUUUUAUAAUUUAAUAUAAAUUAUUGUAUUAUUAAAUAUAUAAUUAUUAUGAUUAUAUUUUAUUAAUUAUUAUAUUGUAAUUUUAAAAAUUUAAAAAAUAAAAAAUAUAAUUUAAAUAAUUUAUAUUAUGAGUUAUAAAAUAAAAUAAAUUUUAUAUAAAAAUUUGGAAUAAAAUUACUAAUUUAAUAUUAAGAAAUUUAUUUAAUAUGAGAUUUUUUGUGUUUAAGAAUCUCAAUUGGUGUCAAGUACAAUGUUUGUAGACAAUUAGGACAUUCAUAUGCUUGUGCAUUAGAUUUAUGUUUGAUAUUGUCACAAUGUUUUUUAAUAUCUUUUAUAUUUGUUUUAACGCAAGAAUAUUGGUGUUGUAAUUUUUCUAUGCUUGUUAAAAUUGCUUGCAUGUUACAAUUUUGACAAUGCCAUUCUGUUUUUAAAAUUUGUAUAGAAAGUUGUUCACUCCAUUCAGUUUCUCGUAUACUAAAAAGAAAAAUUAUAUUUUUAUUUUAUAAUAUAUAAUAUUGUGUUAUAUAUACUUUAAUAUAAAAAUAAAAUAUAUAUUAUUAUGUAACAUACCAAUUA